AUGGGAUUCGGGGUAGGAGGUGGAUCUUUAAGGAAGUCACUCAGGGAUAAAGGAUGCCUAGGCAGCAGUUCCUCUACCGUAGGAGGGCUAUUAUUCUCCUCUACCAUCGCAUCCCCGCCGUCAGAGGGAGGCACCAUUGAUGAUGGGUGCUAUAACGCAAAAACAGGAAGCACUGAGGAAGCAUGGUUUGAUUCUGCUGCAAUAUUCGAUUCUGAUGGCAGUGACGAAGAUUUCCAGAGCGUUGCUGAUGAUGUGCUCUCUCUCAACAGCUUUGAUUGUGGGCGAACCAGCGUAGCUUCUUUGAGAGAUGCCAAUCAUGGGGAUGCUGAGGUCCAUGCCCACCCAAACAAUUUGCCGCAUCCAAAAGAUGCAGAUUCUAGAACGAAACUUGAUGGACCCCACAGUGAGGUACAGCCUGUAUUUAUUGAUGAAAUCUCUUCCUCGGCUAAUGAAAGCAGCGGCAGGGAAGAUGGUUUGUUGGAUAACUGUGGAAUUCUUUCAAACAACUGUUUGCCCUGUCUUGCUUCCACGGUUGCACCAGUUGAGAAGAGAAGAUCUCUUAGCGAUAAUUCUCCAAGUGCUAGGAAGAAAGCUGCCUUAAAACUUCCUUUCAAAUGGAGAGAAGGAAAUCCUAAUGCUGCUUUGCUUUCGUCUAAAGCCCUGCUUCAAAGACCAAUAGCUGGUUCCCAAGUACCAGUUUGCCCGUUGGAGAAGAAAAUGCCUGAUAGUUGGUCCCAGAUUGAACCGGGCACUUUCAGGGUUCGGGGAGAAAACUAUUUCAGGGAUAAAAAGAAGGUACUUGCUCCAAAUCAUGCAGCAUAUUAUCCUUUUGGUGUUGAUGUAUUUUUAAGCCAGAGAAAGAUAUUUCAUAUAGCUCGACUUGUGGAACUUCCCGUCAUUGAACAUUCUGGGACACUUCCUCCCAUUCUUGUCGUGAAUGUCCAGAUCCCGUUAUAUCCUACCGCAAUUUUUCAGGGCGAAAUUGAUGGUGAAGGGAUGAGUUUUGUCUUGUACUUUAAGCUUUCAGAAAGUUAUGCUAAGGAACUUCCACCUCAUUUUCAAGAGAAUAUCAGGAGGCUGAUUGAUGACGAAGUGGAAAAAGUAAGGGCUUUUCCUGUUGAACAUACUGCACCUUUCAGGGAAAGAUUGAAGAUAUUGGGACGUGUUGCAAAUAUGGAGGACCUUCCAUUAAGUGCUGCAGAGAGGAAGCUUAUGCAUGCCUACAAUGAAAAGCCUGUUCUUUCACGUCCUCAACAUCAGUUUUACAAGGGAGAGAAUUACUUUGAGAUUGACAUAGAUAUGCAUAGAUUCAGUUACAUCUCUAGAAAGGGUUUUGAGACAUUCCUAGAUAGGCUAAAGCUCUGUUGCUUGGAUGUUGGGCUAACAAUUCAGGGAAAUAAAGCUGAAGAAUUGCCGGAGCAGGUUUUAUGUUGUAUACGGUUAAAUGAAAUUGAUUAUGCAAAUUAUCAGCAACUGGGGUCGGAAUAGAGAGCCCCUUGAAUAGCUGCACAGACAGUGGAAGUGUUAAGAUAUGGCAAAUAAAGAGAGUUACUUAGAGAAGUUCAGCUGUCCCUCGCUUUUGGUGCCUACCUCUCUGUCUUUCCAUUCCUCCAUUUAUCAAAAUCUUCGGUGUCUCCAUAAUGCAAGCAGAUUAUAAGUGUAGCAGGUUCCAUGGGAACUGCUAAGGAUGAUUUCUCGCAUUCAGAUUACUAUGACAUGAGUUCUGGACAAGUCGAUUGCAUACUGCAUUAGCUAUAUACGUGUAUGAAUUCAUGGACGACAUUGAGAAAUCAGUUAAUGGAAUAAAUUCUAAUUCA